AUGACUCUAAACGAAUCUACUUAACCAUAAGAAUACUAAGACCCUUAAUUUCCUCCUACCUUUUAAUCAAUAUGUAAAGACGAUUAAAAAUUAUAAUAAAAUCCUUAUUAUUCUAAAAUAAUAUGGUUACAUCCUUCUAAAAUCGCCAAAUACGAAAAUUGUUAAUUAUUCAAAGAUAAAAUCGAGCCAAAUGAUAUUCGUUAAGGAUUUUUAGGAAAUUGUUAUUUUUUAUCCACAUUAUCUUCUUUGGCAGAAACUCCGAGUAGAAUCGAGAGACUUUUUUCGCAUCAUAUAGAGAAUUCUCACGGAGUAUAUUGUGUAAAAAUAUGUCAUAAAGGUUAUUGGAAAGAAGUUAUAGUAGACUAGUUUAUUCCUUGCUUAAAUUCGACAAAAUAACCAGCAUUUACUAGAGGUGUAGAUGGUGAAAUUUGGGUAAUGAUACUAGAAAAAGCCUGGGCUAAACUCUAUGGAUCAUACGAUAAUAUUGAAAGUGGGUUAACUAGAGAAUGCCUGCAUGAUUUAACUUGCGCUCCGACUUAAACUAUUUGGUUAGAUGGGUCUGAUGAUCUUGAAUUAGUUUGGAAAAAGCUACUUUAUGCGGAAAAGAGUAAUUUUGCAAUGACUUGUAGUUCUAAAGCGGAAAUUAAUGAUGAUGAUUUGUAAAAAAUGGGAAUUGUAAAGGCUCAUGCGUAUUCUUUGUUGUCUGCUUAUGAUUUAGAUAUAGGAGGGAAUGAUGUAAAAUUACUAAAAUUAAGGAAUCCAUGGGGGGACGGGGAAUGGAAAGGAAAAUGGAACGAUAAUGAUGAAGACUUAAUGAAAUUAAAUGAAGAAAAUUAAAGGAAAAUCGGCUUUGUAUAGAAUUCAAGGGAUGGCACUUUUUUCAUAUAAUGGGAAGAUUUUAUUAAUUUUUUAUUGAUUAAAAAAAAAUAUAAAAAAAAAGCAAGAACUCAUAAAGAAUAUGGGCCAGAAGGUGAUCCUGUAAUAGGCUAGAUUCCAAAGUCUUUUGUAUUUAAAAGAGGAAAAGUAAGUAAAGACUUAAGAUAAAUAGUAACUGAUUAUAGGGAAAUAAUGUAUCCUUAUACAGGAUAUAAAUUAUAGGAAUCUGAUAAAACUAAAAUUAAAGAUUAUAUAGCCACAAGUAGUGUUUAUGGAAUUUCGCAUAUGGUUAUUAUUACAUCAACAGAAAAGCAUAAUUAUAUAAGAUUUAUUAAAAAUCCUGAAGGACCUACUAUUACAUUUAAAAUAAUAUCAUAUUGUAAUAAAAGUGAUGUAUUAAAUUCUAGUAAAAGAAAUAAAAACUUUUCAAGACAAUUUAAUCCAGCAAUACUUAUUUUAAAUGGAUUUAAUAAAUAACCAAACUAAAAUAAAGUUAAAAAUCCUCCUACUUUAGCAUAAUAAUAAAUAGCAGCUUAAAUGAUAUAAUCAAUGUUCCCUCCUUUAUCACUUAAAAAAACUAAAUUAAGUACUUUAUAAAGAGUUAUUUUAUUUAGUUAUGAUGAUGAAAAGGACAUAGUAAAUAUGCGCCAUUAUUAAAUAAAAUUAGUUCCUUCAGGAGUGAAUAGAAAUAUGAAAAAAGUCAUAAGAAAUGAUAAAAAAGUACCAAAUUUAAGUAAAUAUAAUAGCUUUGCUGAUUUUGUAAAUCAAAAAAAUAAUGCAAUGAGUGAAAGUGAAAUCGAUGAACUUCCUGAUUCAAAAAUGAUAUUUAAUAAAAAUUAAAAUCUAAUGAAACAUUUAAAAAAUAAUAUUAAAUAAGAUUAUAUGAAACUGGACCAAGAUUAAAAUUAAGACUUUAUAAAAUCGAAGAAGGUCUAUUAAGAGGAAAUGUAGUUUAUAAUAGAAGAAUUGUUAAAACUGAAGAAGAAAUAGAAAAAUAAAGAAAGGAAGUUUUCAAAAAACAGCUUGAGAAAGAAAAAAGAAGAAAAGAUUAAGAAAAAAGAGUUAGAGAAAAGGAGAAAUUAUUAAAAUAAAAACUAAGAGAAAAAGAAUAAAAAAGAUUACUUAAAUAACAAAAUAGAAAUAAAUAAGAAUAAUAAUAUUAACAGGAAGAAGAAGAAAAUGAAGAAGAUUAAUAAACUAUCUAAUCCAAUAUUAAUUCCGACGAUGAAUUAUCUGCACUUGAAUAAGAAUUGAACGAUAUCUAAAAUUAAGAUGAUGGUAAUGAUGAUGAUUAAUAAAUGAAAAUGAUGAUGUAGAUGUUGAUGAUAGUAAUCAAGAUAUAAAUGAAGAUUAU